GCACAACUGCUGUUUAAUGCAACCAAGUCCGUUAAUCUAUCCACUUGUAAUGAAAGUGCCAUCCUGCCUUGCAUAGUAAAUAAUCUAGCAUUCCAUAGUGCUGGCGACAUGUUUGUUAAGUGGAAAUUUAACGGAACAGAAUUUUUCGCAUUUGAUGGAUUCAGCAAGAAAUUACGCAGAAGUGACAAAUUUUCAUCUGCUAAUUUUACAUCUGAGAAGGAUUUACCCAAGGGUAUUGCCUCCUUGUCAAUCUUAGCAGCACAAGCACUUCCUGGAAACUACACCUGUGAAGUAACGGAAUCAAAUAGGGAAGGAGAAAUUGUAGUUGAACUUAAAAUCUCUGUAGGGAAUGAGUCGGACUGCCGAGACCGCCUGCCAUGCCCGUCUGGGACUGAAUCGGACUGCCGAGACCGCCUGCCAUGCCCAUCUGGAAGCUGGUUUCCUUCAGUAGAAAGUGUUUUCAUCAUACUCUUCCUGUUUUUGGCUAUUAUUUUUUCUUUGGCGCAGUUAUGUGUUGUUGCAUCAAAAUUUGAAAUUGGACUUGGAAAGAAGGUUGGCUUGAUUAUUACAGGAAGCAUCAUUAUAAUUGCUGGUGUUGUUGGUGCUAUUCUUUUAGUUCCUGAUGGGUAUACACCAAAGAAUCGAGCUGGACUUGGUUUACUUGUAGUCCCUGCUGUGAUUUUUCUGCCGUUACAGUACCUUCUGCUUGGAAUAGUUUUUGAGAACCAUUUAAGCCCAUCUGCAGUUGUUCUGGUGGCUUUGAAAUCACUUGGCUACAUAAUCGCUGUGGUUGGAUUUGCCCUGUGCGUCUCAGCUUGUCCUCCAGCACAGGGUUCUGUUGUGAUUGCUGGCUUAGCCAUUAUGGCUUUUGCGGCAUUGAUUUCCUUGGCUUAUGUUUGUAUUGGUUCCAACACGAAAGAUCAUCAACCUCCAAGGAAAUCUGUAGAAGAACCACUUAAUGAUGCGAAAGGAGUGAUGUUGGAAUGAUGAAUAACUUGUAGAAGGUGAUGGAAUCUGCUACAGAAAUGGUGAUAUGUGGAAAAGAAACGCACUUGUUCAUACACCGUGGCCUUGAUGAUGCACUGCUCAAAGAGAAGAAAAUCAGGAAACUAGUUGUUUUGCAUGUGUGGAAAAAGUGCUGAAAUGAUUUCCAUGAUGUAAUUUUAUGGUCACAGCAGCUUAGAAAGAAACAUGUGUUGUAUACCCACAUGAGUUUAUUCUUUUCUGUUUUUGGUUUGUGUGGGGUGGGCAAGUGUAAGCAUACAAAAAGUACUCUUUGCCUACCACAAGAUGCUCCCAAUAGUGCCAGUGUUAGUGGUAUCCUUGUCAAAAAACCCAUCACCAGUCACUGCUUUGAGAGUGGGCCAGAUUAGGCCCAAAGGAUGUAAUAGCAUUUAGAUUAUUAGUAUUUUUAUUUGUGUGCAUGGGCAAGGUAAGUUCAUGCUUUUAUAGUAUAAAUGGGACGGUGGUUAUCGUACAAAUAUUGCUCCUCCCACUUUCAGCAAAACAUUAGGAAAAAAUUGUUCUUGUAAUUACACACACGCAAUGACAUCAACAAGAGCUUUAUUCCCAAGCUUUUUUUAAAAAAGACUACCCAAGUCAUUCUU